UCAGCUGUCAUGUCGGUCGUCGUCGUCGUCGUCGCAGGCAAACCAACAAACAUGCAGUCGUUUGUUUUGCUUCUUCUCUGCUAAGUUGACGGUUCCUCGACUUUCGGUUUUACAAGUCCGCGGAUUCGCGUGAAUUUUUCUUUCGUGAUAUGGUUUUCCUUUGGAAAUUAGUCAACUCUUUGUAGACAAUUUGUGCUAUUUAGAGAAAUGGUUUGAAUUUCAUACUGCAGUGAAAUUGUGGAAGUGAAAAUCGGUCGAAAUACAAGUGAAAAUCAAUGAAAGUGGGAGAGGUGAAAGAGUGAAGGAAUUUUGUGCACAAGCAGUUUAUUAGUGAUUUUGUCGUGAUUAGAUGCGUAAUUAGGGUGAAUUGGUGUGAUUGGGGUGAUAAAUAGUGAAGUGUGGUUUCAAAGCAUUUGCAAAUAAAUCAGUGUUGAAAAGUUAGAAACAUGGCCGAGGAAAUCCUGCAAGAAGUGCUGGCUGCCAAGUUCGGAUCGGAUGGCGACUUCCCAAAGUGGUUUUUGCAACUUUUUGAGCUGACUCACCCGAUCUCUCUCGGCCACAUCCAUGUAGAACGUGCCCGCGCGCCACAGGGUACGUUUCCUUAUUGCGAGCUCCCCAUUCAUAACCACAAUUGCUCCAAAAAUGUCAUCGCCGCCGACCAUGAAAUGUGUAUCAUCUGCACCUUCCCCGGCCCCGGUCUACAUCCACGCCAUAUCCUCCGACCCGAACUCGCGGCACGGACGAUUAAGUGCAGUUUGUUAGUACAGGCAGCAACAGCAGUCGAGUGUAGUAAGCUCCAUUAUUAUUACAAUGGAUACGCGCGUAUUCGCCUUCACCGAGGAGGACCGAGUAGUCGUACCAGCGGAGUGGCAGUAACCGACAGAAAACCCAACGACAGAUCGUCCAUUCGGAAUAAAAAUGGUCACAUUAAAAUGGAGCUGCUGUGUUAUAAAAUUCUACCACUCACGCUGCUAAACGGACUGACAACGUCGUGCGGCUGCUGAAAGUGCUUGUGCGAUGAUUGGAUGGGGUUAAAUAAUUCACGAUACCUACAUAGGGGAACUGCUCCGUUUUCCA